ACAUAUACCAAAGUAUGGCCCUUUUGUUUCAGACCGAGGAGCCCUUCACAAAGCCAUUGGCUACGAAAACGGAAUGCAUAUCAUUGAAGAAACGCAGCUCUUCCCAAACUUUGAGCCCAUUCAGACUCUGCUACUUUCUUCGAAAAAGGGCAAGCAAUAUCUCUAUGCCGGGUCCAACGCUGGAGUAGUCCAGUCUCCUGUUGCAUUUUGUGACAAAUACACCAGCUGUGUGGACUGUGUCCUGGCAAGAGAUCCGUACUGUGCUUGGAAUCCCCAUGCCUCACUCUGUGUCGAUAUCUUCAAAGAGAGGGAGAUCGAAAGGGACUGGAUUCAGAAUAUUAGUGGCGAUGCUUCUUCUUGUACUGCUGAUAAAGUAAGAGAGCAUUAUCUGCAGCACACUUUCAAGCAUGGCAGCACUGCAGAGCUAAAAUGCUCUCAGAAGUCCAACCUGGCCCAGGUGGUUUGGAAAUUCAAGGACGAUGUGCUCAAGGUGGAAAGUCCGAAGUACCGGCUGCUGGAGAAGGCGCUGCUGAUCUUCAAUUUGUCCGAGGGCGACAGCGGCGUCUAUCAGUGCCUGUCGGAAGAAAAAGUGAAGAACCAGAAGUUCUCGCAAGUGUUGGCGAAGCAUGUUUUGGAACUGAGGAAAGUCCAGCACACCACUCUGAGCCCCACCCAGCCAACCACACCGACGGAACGCAACGCGGAAGCAGCCAAAAUGCCAACUGUCGCAAUCCAAGACUCGGCCGCUCACAUGUCCACCUCCCCGGUGGUACCAGUCACAACGUCCAGGAUAGUGACGAAUCCCAUUGUCCCCACCCUCAUGAGCACCGCACCUGACGUCGAGCUCUUGAACUCUCCUCCCGAGGUCUCUGCAAAGACCAUGUUUCUGAGGUCCAACGAUAACUCCCUCUUGAUGUUCCUCUUCCUCUUCUUUUUCGUGCUCUUCCUGUGCCUGUUUGCCUACAACUGUUACAAAGGGUUUCUGCCGGACCAGUGCCUGAAGUUUCGUUCCGCUAUGUUGCUUGGGAAGAAGAAGCCCAAGGCCGAUUUCUCUGACUGUGAGCAAAGCGUGAAGGAGACCCUGGUGGAGCCAGGCAGUCUCCUGACCCAAAGCGGGGAGCACCCAAAACCGGCACAUGACACGGGAUACGAGACUGAAGCCGACUAUGGAAACGGCCAUGUUCAACACGAUGAGGACCAUUCGCAGUCUUACAAGGAAGUCAAGGACAAACCUUUUGAUGUCAAGUGCGAACUGAAAUUUGCUGACUCGGAUGCUGAGGGGGAUUAAAGGAGAAAAACCCCACCUCCCCUAAUGAAAGUACUGUCAUUCUGAACCGUUUGUUUCCGAACACAAAACAUUUUAGAUGUGAUAACUGGGCCAGAAAGGGCUACGUGUUCUCAGCUUUUUUGAAGUGACACAUUGUCAUUUCACACCUGGAUAGAGCAGAGAGAGAUCUCGCAUUUUCUGAAAACGGUUCUGUUACACACUUAUUUCUUAUGUGUUUCUUCUUUAUUUUAAAUGGCCAGUUACGGUUUCACACGGUGAGCUUCUAAGCUGCCCUCCCCCUGCUCCCCAGCCAAGGAUAAUUUAACACUUGCGCAUACUGACUAUUUUGAUUAAUCCCUCUUUUUCAUAGAAGGUAAAAUUAACUCUUGUUGCAGAGUCAUACCAAAAAGGAUUUCAGUAGCUCCUGCCUGCACGUAUUUAACUGCCAUUAAAAAUCUAAUUUCAGUUUAAUUCCAAAUUGGAAAUGAUGUUUAGUUUAUCAGAUUGGUAAAUAAUAGCCUUUUUGUCCAGAUUGGGACAUUUCUUUGCAUCUAGUGAUUUUAAUGCAUUUGUCUGGUAGUUUUAGCUGGUGAAAGAAAUGUUGGAUCUUUCCAAAACUGUUUGUGUACCUUUUUAGAAUAUGAUGUAUUCUAGAGUUGCAUAAGGUUCUCAGGGAUAAGCUUUGGUUAAUUGUCUCCCCCCCCCCAUUUUUUUUUUUUUUUUAGAGGCGUUGAUAUGGUAAUCAUUUUGAGAGCUUAAUGUUCAUUUUUGGGUUGUGGGGAGUUUAGCUUUAGAAAAAA